UAUAGGUCUACUGUGCGCUUUGAAUUGUGGGUAAGACAUGUCUGCGCCCUGCAACAUCUUUAGGACCACCUUACCUAUGUGCCAUAAUUGAGUUAUUUAACGUAUCAACAAGGAUUUUGAGCUGCAGACCAGUGGACAUUGUUGGUUUCGUUUAAAAAGUGAUUUUCAAUAUGUCGGAAAAUACCCAGAAGGUCAGCGUUUCCGGAAAUGCGCUCUCGAGAGCUGUGAUUGCUGAAAUGCUGGCGAAGAAUUUCGAGAAACUGCCUGACAUUGAUCAGAAAAUCUUCAUGUACGGACCCUUGUAUCUGGGGGGGAACGGCGGCCUGGCAGGAUUGAUAUCCAACAGCUUGUACCGCAGGACCCUGAACGUCUCCCAGGCUGGCAUCAGCUCCAGCCUGCCCAUGGCCGUCCUGCCCUUCCUCACCACAGUAGCCCUGUACAACGCCACAGUGUCCAACCCCCUCAUGGCAGGUGACCUCAACUGUCCCACCUGUGUGUUGAUCCGAGGUGCGCUUGUUGGUGUGGUGGGUGGCGGGGUGUACCCUAUCCUCCUGGCUUUACCUGUGAACAUGGGGCUUGCAACCAGGUACAGCACCACACCGAUGCCAGAUAAGGGGAAUGUGCUGCGGUACUGGGUGGAUGUGUCCAGGCCGAUCCUGAGGAGGAUGAGGGCGGUGCUGCUGCUCCAGGCCUUCUUCGGCACCUACCUGAGCUCCAGGCACUUUGAGACUUACACCAAACUGGCCCAGAUAACAUUUGGCAGAGGUGCAGAGGAACUGAAAGACUAAAAUGUACCCAACCUGAAAAUAAACACCUUUUAUAUUGACUGCCA